GUCACAUGAUAUGUUCACCUGACAAAAUCACAGUUUUCAUUGAGGAAUUGUGACGAAUUGUGUUUGCUGAAACUUUUUAUUCUCUUAAAAGUGUUUAACAAAAAUUUAAGAAAAUGAAAAUCUGUGGCCCGAAACUAUCACUUUGUGGUCUUAUUAUCUCUGUUUGGGGUAUUGUCCAAUUGGUUUUAAUGGGUCUAUUCUUCUACAUAAAUAGUGUAGCCCUCAUUGAGGACUUACCUCUUGAGGAGGAAUACCAUUCGUUGGAAGAUUUUUAUGCAGCUGCAAAUAGAGCAUACAAUCAGAAUGCCUACAACUGCUGGAUUGCCGCAUGUAUAUAUGUUUUGACUUUGUUGCUCUCCGCCCAGCAAUUUUACAUGAAUAGCAGAGUAACUGCCAACUAAUAUUUCAGAUGUAGUUUCCCAACUACUUAAAACUAGUAUUGAAAUUUUCCCUUCGAUAUAUUUGUUAGAGGUGUUUUCCUUUUAAUAAAGUUAAAGUUCAAUUUAAAUGUUACAACAUGCUUAUUGUAUUAAGGGGCGGAGUGAGGAGUUUGUGUUUUUUAAACCCCAAAGAAGACUAUUCACUUCAUUUUUUAUGUUUCAUGUGUUCAGUGCGCCAUUCACUUCUUAUUUCUGUUAUAUAUUUAAAUUUUGAGAAUUAAUAUAUUUGAUUACUAUAGUAGCGAUAAAUCCAAACUCCGGAAUUUCCUUCAGAGUCAUGAAAGCACUUUUUUUUAUUAAAGAGGUCAAUCUGAACAAAUUGUUGAAAUGAUAUUUUAUUUCUCCACGGGAAUUUUACCUACGGAAGACCUAAAAAAAGGUAUUUUAAAUGUUUAUUACGGUUAUUACUGAUAUUGUGUGGAACGGUUUGGCGAGACAUGAAUUAUUCGUACUGUUUUUAAUUUUGUUGAUAGCUAUUAUUAAAUUACCCAACUUACAAAUAUUUUAUUUAUAAAUUAAUUAAAGUAGUUAGUAAGGUCAUUACUGUCUUGAUUUCCUAUAUCAAGCUGGUAAUUAAUUAUGUUACGUUACGUCGUUCUGUAACAUGUACAUAUGAACACGAGAUUAUCUUGUGCGCUGUGUUGCUGUAUCCACAUACACUAGUCGGUAAGCAUUUUGACAAAAUAAACUCCAAACCUUUUUUCAGUGAAACUUUUAAAU